GAGUAUGACAAAGUCAAAGAAGAGAAAGUUGAAUUACACUGAAAUACGUAAACAACACUUACUUGAAGAUAAUGAAAAAGAAGAGAAAAUUCUCAAAAAAUUAUCAAAGAAGUUGAAAAUGGAUCGUAAUUCUACAAAAACUAAGCAGAAAAAAGAACAAACUCCACUAUGGUUAACACAAUGUGGAUUUGAUUGUACUGUUUAUUUUUCUCUUUUCAAUGUUAAAUUUAAUUUUAUUUAUAUUUUAGACAUACUAAAUUUCGAGAAACAGAUAAAUUUAGAAAAGGAUAAUACUGAUAGUAAUAACACUGUUCUAUGUACUACUGUUGGAGUAUCUUCAAAGAAAAAGAGUAAAAAACUUGAUUUAUAUGGUCAAAAUACAAAUAGUAGUAAUGAUAGUAGAUCAAUUACUGAUCAUGAUGAUCAACAUUCAGACGUUGAUUCAUUGUUAAAUGAACCGAUCCAGUGUACAGAUCUAUCUGUUAAUGAAAAAUUAAAUGAAGUUAAUAUUUCAAUGUUAAAUGAUAAUCAUGAUUUCAAUGAAACUCUAUGCAAAUCAAUACGUAGUUCAUUAAAUCGUUUAUCUGAAUCACAAAUGUCAAAAAUUAUUACAGAACUUUGUGAUUUAUUUAAUAAAUAUCCUCGUGCAUCUGUUCGAUCACAUUUAAUUGAAGAAAUAUGCAAUUUAAUAGAAUGUACACAAAUUAAUCGUCAUACUAAAAUUGGUUGGUUACAUCAAGAAUUAGCUAUAUGUAUUACUUGUAUUCAAAUUAUGUUACAUCAUUUAUUUCAAUCAAUACCUUUAAUUGGUUAUUUAAUUGAAUCAAUUAUUUUUCGAUUAUUUCCUAUAAAUAAUAACAAUAAUGAAAUACAAUUAUCAUCAAAUGGAAUUUGUACAUAUUCUAUAUUUUUAGCUUAUUUAUAUCGUUUUGGAGUGAUCUCAGGUACUCUUAUUUUAGAUAUUUUGAAGGCGUAUAUACGUGAUUGCGACAUCGGAAAAGUGAAAGCUGCUCAUUUUAUUACAAUCGGAUUGUCUGUUACUGAUGAUAUGUGUUUAACUGUUGGAUUAGAAGAUUUACUAAAUGCUUCAUCUACUGGUCGUUGGUGGCUAAUUGGUUCAGCAGUAAAUCGAUUAGUGAAUGAUAUUUCAUCUGUAAAAUCCAAAGAUGAUGAAAAAUCUAAACUAUCUUUAAAUCCUGAAUUGGUAGCCGUUGCAGAAAAACUUGGCCUACGUACAACUUCUCGUCAAUUAACAUUUAGUAUUUUAGUUUCUACUCCUGGUGGUCCUGAUGCUACAGCUUCAGCUUUACUCAAAUCUUGUCACACUUCCGCUAAUUCACCGGGUGUUCAACUUGUAGCAGGCAGUAUAGCCGGUAGAGAAAGGGAAAUGAUUCAUAUUUUAUUACACUGCGUUAUGUCUGAAAUGCCUUUCAAUCGUUUUUAUCCACGUGUAUUAGGUGGUAUUCUAAAUUGUCAUCGACGAUUUUUGAUGAUGAUCAAAUGUGGAUUUUGGGAUAUAUUAAAUAAUACUAAUUUAACAGUUAAAGCUAAAUCUAAUGCUGGCCAAGCUUUAGGUUUACUUUGUCUUGUUUAUAAUUUUCCAUUAACCGUACUAAAGAAUUACAAUUUUGGAGACACCAGUGAAGGAAAUAUUGCUUUCUUACAAUAUACAAUUAUGGAAUUAUGCACUGGCGAAUAUCAAAAUGUUUUAGCUAAAUUAUUGCAGUUAUCAGCGUAUACAAGACUUUGUCGAAACUGUCGAAUAUUUAUGCGUAAACAUUUGAUUAAUGAAAUGGUUGCUGACGAUAAAUUUGACUCUAAUCUUAAAGCUAUUGUUACAAAACUUGUUUCAGAUAUGCGUGAAGCAGAAUCGUUUUGA